AUGACAAACGACCCCAAGACCCCUCACGCCUGGCGGCGGUUCAUCCUCCCGCUGGCGGCCGCCAUGGUGCCGGCCGGCAUCGGGCUCACAUGCCUGCUGACGACGCAGCUCCGGUCCUACAGCGAGUUCAAGGUCGAGUUCCUCAACAACAACCGCGUCAACAUCCAGGUGGCCGUGCAGGUGGCCGCGGCGGUGCUGGGCGGGCUGCAGUUCUACGCCGUCAGCAGCGUCCUGCGCUUCCGCACAAACGCCCGCGCCUUCGCCUCGGACGAGGGGCUGGCCCAGGGCCGCCGGUCCGGCAUGACGCUCGACGCCCUCAAGAUCCGCAGCGCCGUGGUCCGCGGCGUCAUGGACUUUGACCUGCGCUGGCCCGUCGUGCUGCAGAUCCUGGUCUGGUGGUUGUUCCUCAAGAGCAUCGCGCCCAUGUGGGCGGGCACCAUUACGCCCAAGCUCGGUCAGGCACAGAUCCCGGGCGUGGUCAACAUCUCCAACUAUGACGAGGCGAGUCGGAGUGGCUGGGGGACACGUGCUGGCGCUUUGCAAAACGUCAUCGCGACGGCCUCGACAAAGACAGCCGACGAUCAGACCUCGAGAUACCCACGGCUGGACAACACAGGAUACUGGUACAGCACCCGGUCGUACGGCGUCGGAAUGUCGGCGGGCCUGAAUCAGACACGGUGGACUGGGCGCUCGGGCGUCAUCCAGAGCUACGGGUACCAGGAGAGCGGCUACUGGACCAACGUGGAGUGCAAGCGCAACGUGACCAAACCGGAGUGGUGGCACAUCGCGAACUUCGAGGAUGGCUCCUUCACCUUCACCAACUCGCGGGCCCAGAUGCACCUCGGCUGGGCCUGGGCCGACCUGCCCAACGGUAACUGGAGCGGAAGCCAGGUCUGGAGCGAGAACGAGAGCCUGAACACGACGGUCGUUAUCGCCAACUCCAACCAGCGGGGCAGGUACAUGUACGGAUUCGUGGCCGGCGACGCCUACCCCUCCCUGCAGGGCGUGCAGUGCAGUGUCAUCUUCAAGCCCACGAAAUUCGACAUCUUGGUCAACGACACGGACAAGUCCAUCCAGGUCAAGCCGAUCACCGGGUCCAACGACGACAUCGACCCCAGCCGCGACCUGGUCAACAACGCCUUCCGCUCCGUCAGCUACUUGUCGCAGACCAUGACCACGCUUUACACGUCGGUGCUGGGCGACGCCUUCCUGGACAACAUCGACAUGUUCUUCUACCAGCACGAGAACGAGAGGCUGGCCGAAACGAACGGCAAAAUCGACGCGACGGAAAUGCACGUGAUGAGGGGGAUCCAAGAUGGGCUGGAGGUGCUCCUGGACCAGAUCUUUGGCAUCCUCGCCAACGGCCACAGGGCGGCGUGGUGGACGCACUACGGCGAGGUCGGCUACAUCUACACGUCGGCCGCCUUCAGCCUGCUGGUGCUGCUCGCCGUCGUGGGCGAGAUGGCGCGCAUCGCCUAUGGCGUGUGGAAGAACCGCGUGCCGCGCGCCGGGCCCAGCCUCGACAUCCUCGACAUCAAGUCGGCCAUCCUGGGAACGGCCAGGGGCGUGGGAGGGGCGACGCUAUCGGCCGUCCAAGGCUGGAGCGGACGCGCCGACGACAGCGAUGCCGGAGCCCUCAUGGUGACGAUGGAGGCCGAGGCUGGCGUGCUCAAGCUGACGGACCGGUCGGCGCACAAGGAGCGCAAGAGGAUGAGCCAGUACAGCCAGCUGGGGCGAUUCUCGUCGGGAAUGGUGUACCAGUCACCAGUCGAGAAUCGGAGCGGGACGCCGGAUUUUGGAUACCAGUCGCCGGCCGACAACCAGACCGAGAAGACACCUUUUACCAAGACCGAGGCGGUCUGA